AAGUACGUCCGUCCAAUCAGGCAGUGGUACGGGUCGCAAUGUUGUCCGGGCGGAAACAUCUGUUCAAAAUGCCAUGUGGAGUGUAAUAUGUCAUAGUUAGCCUAAGAUUUCUUGCUAAUAUUUAUCAUUUUCUGUCAAAAAUAUGAGCUUGUUACCGCGUACCGCCGAGGAGUUCAGUUCGGCCGAUUACUGGGAAAGAUUCUUUAAGAAGCGCGGAGAGAAGUCUUUCGAGUGGUAUGGAGACUACAACAAACUGUGCGGCGUGCUCCACAAGUACAUCAAAAUACAUGACAAGGUGCUGGUGGUUGGCUGCGGCAACUCAGAGCUGAGCGAGCAGCUGUACGACGUCGGCUACAAACAUCUGACCAACAUUGACAUCAGCGAGACAGUUGUGUCCCACAUGAACCAGAGGAACGCUGAUCGUCGGCCUGGCUUGACCUUCCAGCAGGUGGAUGCUACUCAGACGGCAUACGAGGACGCUUGCUUCCAGGCAGUGCUGGACAAGGGCACUCUGGAUGCGAUGGCGGCUGAGGAAGAAGGAGCACUGGCAAGGAAAAUGCUCACUGAGGUGGGCCGUGUGCUGGGUGUCGGUGGUAGAUACGUAUGCAUCACGCUGGCCCAAAAGGGCGUCAUCCGUCUUGCUGUGGAUCAUUUCGCUCAGCUCGGCUGGGCAGUGCGGCUCCACUGCCUGCAGGAAGAAACCAGUGCAGACGAGGAGGAGGGGUCCUUCGCUCUGCCCGUUUUUGUCCUGGUCUGCACCAAGUUCCGACAGGCCUUACCGAUGCCCAUUUUGGAGAUGUGCCUCGGUGAAGACGGGACCCCGACUCGCCUCACGCUGGUGGAGGACUUGCUGUUGGCCGUCCGGGAGCGUCAGUCGUACUCGGUCCUGAGGAAGAAGCUCCGCACAGGGAUGGAUGCCAGCGCUGACCUGUCACUCACUCUGUGCCACGCAAAGACGGGUCUGCCUAGGUACACCCUCACUGUGCAGGAUUCACCCCCAGGGACCAAAGUGCCAAGGUCCAACCAGUUUGCCAUUUUUAUUGUUCCUCAAGGAAGUGAGACAGCUUGGCUCUACAGCUCCAGUGAGGGGCGCAGGCAGCUGGCAGCCAGCGCUAACUUUCGCCGCCUGGUUAUUGUGGCCAUGCACAGGAACCAAGAGUACACUGACAUGCAGGCCGUCCAGUCUGAACUCUCGCCAAUGGUGAUGGACCUGGCUCCGCCGGGAAUGGCGGACAAUCAGCAGGUCCCAUUUCUGUCUGUUGGCGGCGACCUGGGCUGGCGUGAGGUUGUCAGCAGGGGCAAGAGUGAACACAGUGGUGAGUACUGUGUGGAGAACGUCAGAGGGGAGGACGGCGAGCUUUAUCGCAGACUGGUCUUCCUUUCCAACGCUGCGCUGGUGCAGUCUGAGAGUCGCCUUGUCUCCUCGAUUAGCGGAUUGACUCAGAAGAAGAAGAAGAGCAAAAAGAAAACCCAGCAAACCUCAGCGCCAGUGUCGUCCUCUCUGUCAGUGCACAGCGGUUUCCUCUGCUGCGCCCAUCAUGAAGUCAUGGUGGCUGCUCUCGCCAUGCUGGACUUAGGCAUGGAAACCAACAAAGUGUCUGUGCUCCUGGUGGGACUUGGAGGAGGAGGCCUGCCUCAGUUUCUGCGGGACUUUAUACCCGGAGUUUCUGUCGAGGUUGUGGAACUCGAUCCCGCGGUGCUGGAAGUGGCCAAGGAGUGGUUCUGCUUUCGACCCGAUGAUCGCCUGACCGUCACGCUCGGGGACGGCCUUGAGCGCAUCUGUGCCUUGGAAAAAGAAGGCAGCCGCUUGUUUGACGCCAUCAUGUUCGAUGUGGACAAUAAGGACAGCACAGUGGGUAUGAGCAGUCCACCCGCUGCCUUUGUAGAAAGCUCCAUCCUACUUAAAGUCAGUAACCUUCUAACCCCUAAAGGUGUUUUCAUUCUCAACCUGGUGUGCCGUGACUCCGCCUUGAGGAAAGACGUGCUGGAGCGUGUCAGCCGUUUGUUCCCGACCAUCCUCUCCAGGAAGAUUGACGGGGAGGUGAACGAAGUGCUCCUCUGCCAUCGCAGCGAAGACUUCCCAUUAACGUCGUUGAAAGAAUCGAGCCGCCGUCUGCAGGGUGCGCUGCACUCGGACAUGAGCAGAAGGCCGCAGAUAGACAUUGCAGAGUUGAUGAAAGACUUGAGUGUGGCGUGAGUUCGCCUGGGACUAGUCACCUGUGUGUGGUGUUUGCAUAUACUCUGUCUAAAUUGUCCAUCGGUGUGAAUGUGCGUGUAUAAGGUUGGAUGUCAGUUGGGAUAGGCUCCUUCAGCUGCAUAAAAUAUGGGUGGAGGAUUGAUUGUAACAUACUUGGUUUUUAUUUAUUAUUGAAUAUAAAGCCCUGCAUGUGCUACCACAAA